AGCCCCAUAUCAGUGUAUUCCUUAUCAUAAAACAGUUAAAAUUUUAUAUAUUUAAAUGCAAACACUUACUGCAACAACAUUUUUUAUUACGUACCAGUCUUAUCACACUGCGUUAUAUAAAAUCACUUCACGUUACCUUUUGGGAUACGUACUAAAUUGACUAUUAACCAGAAUUUUCAACCCAAAAAACGUUUUUUGUGCACCAUGGAUAUAGACAAGAUUAUUGAAGAGAAAUGGACUAGUUCAACAAGAAAGGGUUACGUAGCUAUUGAAGGUUUCAUGUUACCUCAAAAAUACCAAGACUCUAAGACAGAGUUUGAUAAUUUAAAAGUUAACAAAAACGACGUCUGGGUUUGCACUUUUCCUAAAUGUGGUACAACGUGGAUCCAAGAAAUGGUGUGGUUACUGGGAAAUAACUUAGAUUUUGAAACAGCUAAACAGAAAUCACUAGACGAGAGAUUUCCAUUUCUAGAAUUAUCUGUUAUCGCCGAUUUUGUUGAUGUUUUUAAAAGCAAACCAGAUUUGGUACUACCACCACGUGUUGAUGACUCUUUAAAUGUGGUAAAGAACCUUAAAAGUCCAGCUUUCAUUAAAUCACAUUUACCAUUGCAACUACUACCGAAAGAAAUUCAACAUGGUAGUAAAACACCCAAGAUUAUUUAUGUAGCACGUGACCCUAGAGACGUUUGUGUUUCUUAUUUUCACCACUCUACAAUAACUGACUACUUCGAAGUCACUUUCGACGAAUACUGCGAACUGUUUCUUGCGGGAAAAGUAAUUUAUGGACCCUUUUGGAAUCAUGUUUUACCAUUUUGGAAGAAAAGGCAUGAACCGAAUAUUUUAUUUUUGAAGUAUGAAGAUAUGAAAAAGGAUUUAAAGAAAGUUAUUAAAGAGGUUGCUAAGUUUCUCGAACGUGCACUAAAUGAAGAAGACGUGAAUAAAUUGGCCACGCAUCUGAGCUUCGAUUCAAUGAAACAAAAUCCUUCUGUUAACAAAGAAGCAAGUGUUGAGUUGGUUAAAUCUAUAUAUAACAAGAAGAGCGAUGGGAAGUUUAUGAGGAAGGGUACUGUUGGUGAUCACAAAUCAGUAAUGUCUCAGACAACGAUUUCAAAAUUCGACGAAUGGAUUAAGGACAACAUUCAAGGAACAGACUACGUGGUUUAAUAUUUUUCAGAAAGAGUUACAAAAUUUCGAUUUUUUUCUAUAUAGUCUUACUUAAUCGUAUUAUAUGUAGAAAUGAAACAGUGCAACUCAGGACUUAAUAAAAUACUAUAACAAAAAAUAUUAGGUUAUGUCUGCUGGGUAAAUUACUUAUACUAUUAAUUAUGGUAAUACUUUGACAGUUCGACUGUAGAUAACAAUUAGGAAGUUUAAAUAAGAUGUGUUAGCAUAGGCAAAAAAAGUCAAAUAGAUUUUCCAUUGCCACAUGGUCAUCUUGCUAUAAAGAUAAUAAUAUUAAAACCAUUUCACCACCAUUUGAACAGUACUUAUUAAAAUUUUAUUGGUACCUAUUUCAAAGUUAAUUAUCAAAUUUGGACCCACAAAACCAAGCAAUCAUCACAAAAAAUUCUAUAUCAAAAUGAUAACCAUUUAGGAGAUAAGAACCAUUUCAGACUGCAUAUUUUUUAAUUGAAGUAAUAUAGCUUUUCUAAUAUUUUUUUCAUUCAAUAUGCUAAAUUAAUUAAUUUAAUGAGGAAAAUUUCUACAUAAAUUAUCGCUAACCUCGUGCAACAAUAAAAUAUUAUUAAACAAUUUCUUAAUAAAUUUGAACAAAUUUGUCUUAGUGUACCAUAAAUUAUUCUGGUGUGCAGGGCAAAUAUUUACUUGUUUAUAUUUCCGUUAACACUAGUUUUUAGAAGCAGUUAUCAUUGAUUCUAGCAAAUAAAACUUGAACUAAUAUUAAAUUGGUAGGUUUCCGCUGCACAGAAUGGACGUAGAAAAAAAUAUUUAAGAGAAAUGAGAGAACUUUCGUAAGUAUGAUAAGUACAUUUAGGCACAACAUGGGCUCAGGCGAUGAUCUGGUUAACGGAAAAUAAUUUGGAUUUUGAAGUAGCUAAGCAAACAAUUUUAAACAAGAGAUGGACCUUUUUAGAGUAAAUUUUAAUUACCCUACACUAUGGCAGAAAAGUUUUAAGGACGUUUUGCAAGAUUCACUGCUGUAAACGAGUUUUGAAAAAUAUGGUACACAUGGAAAAUUUUGUGGAAUUAGCGAAGUCACAUGGAAACCCUCUGUUUAUUAAAGCGCAAUCGCUAAUAACAGAAAGUAAAAAUGGUACUACGAUGGAUACGAGUAAAGUUCCAAUAAUACAACAGUACCUAGUAAAAUUUUAUUGGUAUUUCAAAGGUAAUACCAUCAAGGGUUGGACUCACAAAAUCAUAAAUCACAAAUUCAGGCGCAAGAGCUCAGUUCGUAAAAGGUUCGUACUGACGUUUUUGGCCCAUCGUUCGAAGGAUACCGGAAGCAUAUAAACAAAUUGAUUCUUUUAAGAUUUCCAUGGACAAUAUCUCUGUUAGUUAUAAACGGAUUUGUAUAAAAUUUAAAACGUAGAUAAUAUAAUAUGUGAAGACAAGAUUGAUGACAAUAAAGUUAGUUUAUAUUAAAAAA